ACAGCUGCAGCAACGUCCGCACCAUAAUAUAGCCGGACAUAAACACUCAAGAGAGGUGCACACACAGUCCAAAGAUUACGCAGAGAAGCAGAAGGACUCGAAGAUAGUUAUUUUUUUUGUUGUUGUUUUAGUUUUUCUAUGUUUUUAAAUAUGUGUUGUGUAUUCCGUUUUACUAUGCGGGGGAUUCACGUGAGUUUGUGCAGUACUGUUUUCCCUAACUAUUAGGAUUUUGUAUAAAUAGCGUAUGCUGUCAUUCCACGGAGUUUGGAAGUUUGAAUUUGAACGGAUAUACCUGUUUUGUGUAAGCCUCCUCCGCCUGGCUCAUUUUUAAUAUAGUGUUGAUGUUUGGAUAGUUCUUUGCACAAAAUGUUCCCGUCCAGCAUAGUGUUACCUUGCGUCGGGUUGUCGCUUACUUCAGACUAACCAUUCCCAAACUCAUCGGCAACUGUAUAACGCCAGAAGAAACAGACCCUUUUUUCCACCAUGUCACACGCAGAAGUGGAAUUCGCCUCCCGUGGCUUCCCAACGUUACCUGUUGAUUUGGACGAAGACUUCGCGACACGGGUACCCAUGUUGCGCACACACUCUCUCAGCACCAGAAGGAACUCGUACGUGCUUCACAAAAUCAGUGUGGACAUCGAACCCCAAAUAUACAGCGGGGCACUUUCCAAAGCCUUGUCCUGGUCGGCCGAAAACAUACUUUCGCAGAGAAGCACUCACGAGAGGAGGGACGAUACUCCGCCGUCUCCAUCCACCUUCUCAAGGCCAGACGGUACCGUGACCCCCGCGUCUCCCCCGGAGACCUGGAAGGUCGCGGAAGAGCCCAGUCCGGUCGCGCAGGUACCGAGCUCGGACUCCGAUAACGAAGUCGUGAAAAGCCCACCGGUGUCCCGUCGUGCGCAGGAGAGCAAGUGGGAACUGGAAGAGAAGGAGGACGUGGAGACCAAAGCGGUGGCCACCUCACCAGAUGGACGCUACCUGAAAUUCAACAUCGAGAUCGGCAGGGGCUCCUUCAAGACAGUGUACAAGGGACUGGACACGGAAACUACAGUGGAAGUGGCCUGGUGUGAGCUACAGACGCGUAAGCUGACCAAGGCGGAGCGCCAGAGGUUCAGCGAGGAGGUGGACAUGCUGAAGGGGCUGCAGCACCCCAACAUCGUCCGCUUCCAUGACUCCUGGAAGUCCACCGACAACGGCCAGAAGUGCAUCAUUCUCGUCACUGAGCUCAUGACCUCUGGAACCCUCAAAACGUACCUGAAGCGCUUUAAGGAGAUGAAGCUGAAGCUCCUGCAGCGCUGGAGCCGUCAGAUCCUGAAGGGGCUGCACUUCCUGCACACGCGCACGCCCCCCAUCAUCCACCGCGACCUCAAGUGCGACAACAUCUUCAUCACCGGCCCCACCGGCUCCGUUAAGAUCGGAGACCUCGGCCUUGCCACGCUGAAGAGUGCCUCCUUUGCCAAGAGUGUCAUAGGAACGCCGGAAUUCAUGGCUCCGGAGAUGUACGAGGAGAAGUAUGACGAGGCCGUGGAUGUGUAUGCCUUCGGAAUGUGCAUCUUGGAGAUGACCACCUCCGAGUACCCGUACUCAGAGUGCCAGAACGCCGCGCAGAUCUACCGCAAAGUGACCAGCGGUAUGAAGCCAGACAGCUUCUUCAAAGUAAAAGUCCCUGAACUGAAGGAGAUCAUCGAGGGAUGCAUCCGCAUGAACAAAGAUGAAAGGUACACCAUCCAGGACCUUCUGGAACACUCGUUCUUCCAGGAGAACACGGGCGUGCGCGUGGAGCUGGCCGAGGAGGACGACAUGCACAAGGCCAGCCUCAAGCUGUGGCUCCGCAUGGACGACACCAAGAAGCUCCAUGGGAAGUACAAGGACAACAACGCCAUCGAGUUCCUGUUCGAGCUCUACAAGGACGUCCCCGAGGAGGUCGCCCAGGAGAUGGUGGUGCUGGGUUUCGUGUGCGAGGCCGACUACAAGCUGGUCGCCAAGGCGAUGAGGGACCGCGUGACGGCCAUCAAGCGGCAGCGCGAGCGCCAACGUCGCCUGGUCGAGGAACAGAAACGCCGUCACCACGACGACACCAUCGAGGAAGAGCCGGAGCCUCUCUCCCCGAGGCCCGUUACCCAGCCGACGCAAAGCCCCUCCCCUUUACCACCUCCAACCCCACCCACCCCCAUACAGACCCCUCCCACUCCAAUGUCACCUGACUCCGCCCUGUCCAUGAUUGGCGGGUCAGUCGACUCUGCCCCGUUUGCGAUCAGCGGGUCGGUGGACUCGGCCGUUUCCAUGGUGAACGGUUCGCUGGACUCCGGGAUGACCGGGAGCUUCCCGCUGGAGGAGCGUGAGGAGCCGGAAGCCGACCAACACUUCCACAUCCGACACGUCAGCUGCUCCUCAGCCAACUCGGACUGUGAGACCGACGGUUAUCUCAGUCCCUCCUGUCUCCAGGACCCUCUAGAGAUGUCCAACGGCGUGAGCGGCACCUCCACCACCCCUUACAUCCCUCAGAUUCCACUUCCUGUACCCGCCCAGCCCAUGCCAGUGCCAGGCCAUCCAAUGCCUGCCCUGCGCUUCCCAUCGAGCAUUGCGGUGUCCACUAACACGGACCGGGCUCAAUCUGGACUGACCAGCGGCUUCAAUUCACCUGGUGACAGUUAUGCAUCUGAUGUGACCUCGGGCUUGAGUGACGGGUACGAGGGUCAAUCAGAGAAGGCCAGCAAGACAGCCGCAAGGAAGACAGCAGCGAAGCUGUUCAGAAGGAGGGCAAGAUCCCGUCUCCGCAUUACUGGGCUGUCUGAUAAAGUGGAUCGUGUUGUCGAAUGCCAGCUGCAGACUCACAAUGACAAGAUGGUCACCUUCAAGUUCGACCUUGAUGGGGACAACCCAGAAGACAUUGCAGCCGUCAUGGUGCACAAUGAGUUCAUCCUGCCCUCGGAGCAGGAGGGGUUUAUCCACCGCAUGUGUGACAUCAUCAAGAGGGCGGAGUCCCUGAUGGAGAAGGAGCUUGAGAGUCUCCCGGGCAACCACGGCAUGAUCCGCCCCCCUUACCUGAGUGGCACCGGAGCUCUCUCCGCCUCCCAGCCCAACCUGCACAGCCACAGUCUUGCGCGUACCCACUCGUCCUCCUCUCUGCCAGCUGAUUUCAGCACAGAGGGCGUGGGCGUCGGUGUGUGCCUGUCUCCGCCGAGUCAGACUCCAAAUGUCAGCGCUCCAAUGCGGCCCCUCUUACGCUCCCAGUCCUUUCACACCGCACCAGGCUCUCCUCAUCACUACCACCACCCCCCCGCCUCGCUCUUCUCUCCUGACCCCAUGAUGCCGUUGUCCAAGCUGGCGCACCUGCAGCACUACCACAUGUCCGGCCUGCUGGGGAACACCCACUUCCCCUUCCCUUAUCCAAUCGGGCACCUCGAUGCCCCUAAAACCCCGCCCCCAGCCCCGCCUCCUGCCGCCGUGCCACUCCCGUUCUCCUCCCCUCCUCCUCCUCAGCCGCCCGCUUCCAGCUCGCCCGUGCCUCCUAUCCCAGAAUCCCUCGAGGCGGUGGUGGACGGCAGCAGUCCCCUGUCCCCGCCGCCGACCCCGCUGCCCGUCGCCACGCCGGCGAUGUGGUCACCGCAGCACCCGCACCCGCAGUCGCUGCUGUCGCUGGCCAACGUGCUGUCCAUGGCCAUGAGCAUGGCGCACUCCUUCAUGCCCGGCCCCACGCUGGCAUCUCCCCUGGCGCAGGCGCUGCCAGGCGCCCUGUCCGGCUUCCACCACCACCACCACCACCACCACCCGCACAUGUCCGCCCAGAUGGGGGGGUACCCGCACCCGCACCCGCACAUGUACCCCCAGGUGCCCCCUUACCCCACAGCCAUGCCCGCCGACGCGGGGUACGGAACGGAGUACCACCACCACCACCUCCAUGCCCACGAUGCCCAUGCUGGGUACGGGUCAAUGCCAAGGGGGUACAGCCCCACCCCACCCCACUCGGUGUCCCCUACGCCCCCCAGUGUGCAGCACUGCUCCACCCCAGACCCCCCCACCACCACCACCACCACCAGCCCUCAGUCCCCCCCGCAGGGGGAGUUCUACUGCCCCUCUCCCCUCCCUCAGGAGACCCAGCGGAUGCACGCGCACCCGUUGCCAGGGCCACCGCAUCAGGACCGGUCAGGCUGCAGCUCUCCUCUGGCUCUGUCGUCCCCCUCGAGGACCAGCCCAGAGAGUACGAUGUCCUCGUCUAGCCUGCGAUCGCUGUCUCCGUUGGCGACGGCGGAACCGCGCGGCCCGUUGUCCGAGAGGAGAGCGUUGCCUGCAUUCGACGCAGGGCCAAAGCCGACCGUCACAGUGGGGCGUUUCCAGGUGUCACCCAGUAAGGAGUUGCCAUUGAAAACCACACCCUUGCCCACACCUACUGCCUGUCCAAUCACAUCUACUGUUGAACAAGCCCCGCCCAGUCUCCCGUGCAACCCCGCCCCCCGAGAUGAGCCGCAGGGGUGUGCGAGGAGGACACUCCCCCCACCCCUCAGUAUUGGUCCCAUCCAGCACACGGCGACGGUGGGGUCACCCCAAAACCAGGAGCAAAUCACAGGGUCCCCCCUUCUCCAGGACCUUCUAACAGGGUACCCCCAGAGCCAGGGGAGCAGGGUUACAGACCCUCCCCAGGAUGAGCACCUCCUGGUGGGCAGCAGCAGUGACCAGCCAGCCUCCCAGCCUCUGGAUCAAAGCCACAUCCUUCUGGAGACCAAAGAUGAUGAGGAAGAUGAGGAAGAUGAUGACGAAGAAGAUGACGAAGAGGAGGGUGACGGUGAAGAGGAGCAAGAUGAGGAGGAGGAGGAGGAAGAGCAGGAGCGUCGGUGCCGGAGGAAGAGGGGCCGGCGGCCGGAUCUGACCCUGAGCCUGCUGGGGACGUCGGUGGACAGCAGCUUCGACGGCGAGGGCUUGCGUCUGUGGGAGGACACGGGGUCCGCAAGCCCCCAGUACCCCGCCCCUCUGCAACACCUGUGGAUGAGCUACCUGCGCAACUCCUCCUACCUGAGCAGCGACGAAUCAGAGAGCGAGGUGGAGGAGGUCUGGGAGGAGCUUCAGGAGCUCAGAGAGAAACACAUGGGUGAGGUGCAGUCCCUGCAGUCGGCUCAGAAGCGGGAGAUCGAGGAGCUGUACGAGCGCAUGGGGAAGGCGCCCCCUGCUGGCAUCGUCUCGCCGGCCGCCAUGCUGUCCAGCCGCCAGUGGCGCCUCUCCAAAGGGGGCGGCUACCCGCCCUCACGACGCAACAGCCUCCAGAGACUGGACAUCCUGCCACUGACAGGCAUGGUGAGGAAGAGCUCUCUGAGCGGCAGCAGCACCAGCAGCACCAGCGGCAGCAGCGGCAGCUCGUCCCAGGAGCACCCGGGCGGCAAGGCCGUGACCUUUGCCCCCGACUUCACCCGCAUGGUGAGCAGCUCUGCCUCCACUGCCUCCAGCCCCGUCAAGGAGGAGAUCUGACGCCUGUGUGUGUGUGUGCGUGUGUGUGUGUGUGUGUGUGCGUGCGUGUGCGCCCCAGUCACUGGGCAGCAUGAGCUCAACAGUUCUGCUUUUGUUUCCUCUCCUCCUCUCAUCCCUUCUUCUCUGCUCUCCUCUCUUCCCCUCCUCUCUUCUUUUCUCCUCGCUUGCUUUAUACUGUCUCCAGUAAGGACGGAGCCUCAUGCACAAUUAGAAUGGACUACCUCAGCAUCCAGAGCAUCCGCACUCCCACAAGUAUGUGCACCAGCGCUGGAGGAAGUGAUGUCAUACCUACAAUACGUAGGAGGAAGCGGUAUCCACGGCAAUGCUUUUCGUGCUUUUAUUUUAUUUUAUUUUAUUUGUCAUUGUUUUUUGGUCUCCUUCUCCUCUGGACUCGUCCCCUUCACUGCCACAGACGGACGCUCGUCGAGUCCAACUCGAGCCCAAGCCCCGCCCCCCACUCCUAGUGGCAUGCGCCACUCAUAUGAAGUUAACGGAAGACCCAAAGAGUUCAAAGGUCAACCAGACGAUAAACCAAUCAUGUGCUUGUGCGGCACGCAAAGGGCCUGGAUGAAGUCAAUCCUGCCGAAAGAAUAGCUUUAGGAAAGGCUGUGCUUCACAACCCAAACAUUCUUCCAAAAACAGAGGCAGCCCUGUGUAUGUAUGUGUGUGUGUGUGUGUGUGUGUGUGUGUGUGUGUGUGUGAUUCUCCUGCGAUCUCCUACUAAGUUGUUGGGAGAUAAAGAGAGAGUGUGUAUCUUUCUAAGGCUCUCGACAUUGUUCAAUGUCUCCUGUAGUUUCUUUGCACUUUCAAGCCUGUGAAUAAUGAUGUUCAAUGAUCAGGCAUGUUUCAUUCUGUGUGUCAUUGUGUGUGUGAGUGAGAAAGAGAGAGAGAGAGAGAGAGAGAGAGAGAGAGAGAGAGUAGACAAAGGGAGAAAAACUUAAGUCUAUCAGCAGAUAACAAUCAUUUGUACUUUUACUGUUUUGCUUAUAGUUUUGCUGUAGAAUCAGUGAAUGAACCCAACAGCAAAGAAGUGAUAUUCAAUCAAUCGCAUACUGGUGUAUAUUUGAGAUGGGUGUUGCUUGUAGAAGCCACAUAUACAAGGAGUAAGCAUCCAAAUAUCAUGUUUCUUUCGUCUUCUUAAGACAUAUAUUCUAUGUUGAUUAAUGUCAUUGUUAUUUUUUGCAUAGUGCAAAGUUGUUGAAUGAUUACAUUGUUCAUAAAUGUACAUAUUUCUCACCGCAUGACAUGAAUAGAGGCACUGACUUUUGCAAAAAUUUCACUGAACUUCUAUAAUUGUUUCUACAUAAUAUAUCAUAUUGUCUUCAGUUUAUGCUCACUUUGCAAUCUGAAACAAAUUUUUCGAUCAAAUCUUUUCAGCAGAAUUUUCAAUACAAAAGUAGGAAAUUGUCUUCAGUAUUAUAUGGGGGAACAUGUCAUAACUGCUUACCACAUUGUACUGUACAUGCUUAGAAGAAAAUUAUUACAUCCAGAUGUACAAUCAAUAUCUAAAAAUAAUGGAUUAAUUGGAGAAACUAUGCACCUUCGCACUUUGGGAUAAAUCAACUGCCUUUCUAUACCACCAGAAUAUCAGCAUUAAUGUGUGUGGUUACUGUCUGACACAGUACCUGAGAAAUGAGAUGGGGUAUGUUGAAUAGAUGCAGGGUAACCGUCUUUGUCUGCUUUUGUCAGAAGAGAAUAUUCUGGAACCCUCAGAACCAACUCUUAUUGGCUGGAAUCUAGGGUGGAAUCUAGAAUCUAGUAUUAGCGUCUAUGGGUUCAGAGAACAUGUAUCCCCCUAGACAGGAGUGACCAUCACUCAUUCUUUAAAACCAUCUCAUCUUCAGUCUUCUUAUUUUAUUUUACAUGCUUUUACAUUUACACAUCUGUCACUAUGAGCCAUUCAUAUCUGUGGGUCAUCGUGUCUCCUCUCUGACUGCAAGCAUCUGAUGCAUAGGUAUCUGUAAAGUGUUUCUUAAUACUAUCAAAAGGGGCUAAAAAAAUCUGUAUUAUGCUGAAAAUAAUUUGUUUGUUUGUUCAGGCUUGGUGACAAGCUCAGAGACAGUAAACUAGAAAUGUGUUCUGAUUCACAGUGAAUUUUCAGUUAAGGAUGAUUUUGCCAGGUGUGCUGCCGGCUGUGGUGAAACUGUAUAUAACUUAUUGUGUUGAUUAGGGAUGCACCGAUAUCGACACUGACAUAGAACAUAACCUUGUUGAAAACAAUAACCCUUUUCAGGUCUUUCGGGCCUUCAAAGCACAUUUACCAAGUGCAGAAUUGACGGAACAUGACUGAUGAUCAUCAGUCACUGCCAUUGGAAAUUGUCAUGAAUUUGCGGACAGCCGACAUCUGUCAACAAGGCCGAUGUUGGACGAUAUAUUGGUGCAUCCCUAGUUUUGAGUUUCCUGUUUGAAUUUGCUUUCAGGACACAUUGCACCUUUGCAAGACAGAAUCCUCGGAGUUGAGCCACACAUACAUACAUACACACACACCAAAACACUGUGGACUAGGUAGAUGACAGGUAACUCUAGACCGAGUAAGAGCCUGGAACAGGACAAAUCUGCUCCACAGUCAGUUGCAUUCUGGGUUGUCUGGUUGUGUACAGUAGCUUGUCUGAAUGUAAUAUCCAAAGACAACAACAAUAAUGAGUCAGAUGUAUUGCAAAGCUGUGAAUCUUCAAUAAUUGCCUUGUGAAACGCACACACUGAGAAAUACUUUAAAGAUUGUAUUCAUAGCAGACGUUGGGAAUAAGAUUAUAUAUAUUAUAUUAUAUAUUUUUAGAGCAAAAAUGUGAUGGGAAUAUUAGCAUAUGAUUGGUGAUUGUGAUGCUUUUGAUUGCAAAGCUGCUAGCAAUAUUGCCACGCUAACUCUGUGCCUUUCCUCAUUUUUGAAUACGUAGUGACUCUUAAUAUUUGUACAGAUAAUAAACAUUUGAGUUCAAGACUGA